CUACUCUACGCGCGCCGCGGCCGCGUUCGCCCGGCCUUCGGCUGUUUCCGGAGCUACUCGCGGCUGACGGCGGAGACGCUCCCGGCGCGGGCUGCAGAUGUCGGACCCGCAGGCGGCUGAGGGGCAGGGCUUCUGGAGCCCGGCAGCCCGCCGAGGGUCGGCGAGCGGCGCCGGGGACGGCCUGGGAGUGGAGGGGAGCCAGGCGGCCGCCUCAGAGAAUGAAGAUCUAGAAAAUGCCAAGGUCACCUCUCCAUCAGCCUCUGCCUCUGAUCCAGAACCGUGUUCCUCACCUCACAGGCCACAGAUGGUAUCUUCAGUGAGUAAGGAUGCCAAGGAAGACCUACAGAAAGCAGCUGGUGCCUUGGAAGCUCAGGCAUUAGUGGAACAGGAUUUGCUGCCUACAGACCAGGCCCAGGUCCUCAACGAGAUGGCCAAGUAUCAAGUUCCACAGCGGUCUGGGGACAUUGUGAUGAUCCAGUCUGACCAUACAGGAGCUGUAGAUGUUCUUUCAGCUGAUAUGGAAUCUGCAGAUCUUCUGGGGGACCACAGGAAAGUCUCACCACCUCUGAUGGCUCCUCCAUGCAUCUGGACCUUUUCCAAGGUGAAAGAAUUCAAAAGCAAGCUGGGCAAAGAGAAGAACAGCCGAUUGGUGGUGAAGCGGGGCGAGGUGGUAACCAUCCGGGUACCUACCCACCCAGAGGGGAAGCGUGUCUGCUGGGAGUUUGCAACUGAUGACUAUGACAUUGGCUUUGGAGUUUAUUUUGACUGGACCCCGGUAACCAGCACUGACAUAACUGUGCAGGUCAGUGAUUCCAGUGAGGAUGAGGAUGAAGAAGAGGAAGAGGAGGAGGAGAUUGAAGAACCUGUUCCAGUUGGAGAUGUGGAGAGAGGCUCUAGGAGCUCCCUGCGGUGUCGCUAUGGGGAGGUCAUGCCUGUGUACCGGCGGGACAGCCACCGAGAUGUGCAGGCUGGCAGCCAUGACUACCCUGGUGAGGGCAUCUACCUGCUCAAGUUCGACAACUCCUACUCCCUGCUGCGUAACAAGACUCUCUACUUCCACAUCUACUAUACUAGCUGAAGGACUGCUGGGACAGGGGGCAGGCUGUAUUUGCUGGCUGAAGCAGGCUGCCAGCUGGUGCCUCUUGUUUAGGAGGAGAGCUAAAAGUUCAGCGUGAGGCUCCUGAGCCUCAUGGCCUGUCUGACAUGCCUGAUGACCCUACUUUGUAGCUUUUUCCCCUUCUUGGCUUCUGCAGAUGGUGAUGUCGUGCCCCUGUUCUGUGGUCCCUGACUCACGCUCUUCUUGCUUCAGACUCCAGCAAAAUCCCUCUGUGAAGGCACCUAUCAGGCACAAGCCUAAAAGGAAGUAGAGUGUUGUCUUUUAAAAACAGAUUUGUUUUGGUACAAGGUUUAUCAUUCAGAUUGCUGCUGUCUCCUCCCCAGAGCUCUUACUGCUGAUGCAUUUAAUAGUACCUACUCUCUUUACUUUUUGAGGUGCCAGAAGAGGGAAAAGCACAUUGUCCAUGAAGGAGCCCAGUCUCUUGGAUGGAGAAAGCUCUGUCCAGCUUCUUACCACUGCCAUAUUCCUGCCUGCUGGUUAUUCUUGGUCUCUGCAUAGGCUGGGAGACCUCACUGCCUUUGGAGGGAUAUUAUUCCUGAUGGUUAGACUCCUCCUUUUUUCUCUUUCCUAAGUCUUUGUUUUUGCCAUUACAGCAAGAACUUUCAUGCAAUCUAAAGUGAUGAUCAAUGUAACCUAAGAUCUUCUGGGAAGAAAAACUGCCUCUAUUGCUUCCUGUUCCAAGAGCUAGUUUCCCUUCCCAUGGGGACUGGUGGUCAAAGUAGAUAGGGUAGAAAUUAGGUACUGAGUUGAUCUCAGAACCUACAUCUUUGAAAGUUGUGUUAUUAAAUUAAAUAAUUUUUUGUAUAAUCAAAGAAGGAAGGGUAUCAUUUGUGAGAGAAGAUUUUUUAAAAAACACUCCCACCACUUUUUUUUUUUUUGUCUUUAGAGUAGGAGUGUCAUUUAGAAAUUUUGCUUUGGAACCAAAUGCAGUGAAACCCAAUCAGGUUUCCAGAGUUUCUGGAUUUAGGUUUCUUGCAUUGAGGGGUUAAAGCUUUUGAUGUUCAAAGGCCCUUAGGAAAGAUGAUAAUGAAGCUUCACUGUUGCUGCUGAUUGUAUUUGUUCUUUACUGACCAAAGCUUGCAUUUCCCUGGUGACAGCCUUUCCCAUUCUUCUAACCCUGAGGCCCAGGAGGGCCACAUAGUGCAGGUGGUGCUGCAGCCAGUGGUCACCAGAGCACCAGCUGCCAGGCCUCAGAUGGAAAGGAGAAUGAAAUGAGACGGGACUUCAGUGGUCAUCUGUCCCUUCUUGUUUCUUAGUCCUUAGUCUGUUACUGCCUUUGGAUUUUGAGGAAUAAUUAGAUUUAUUUAUUACUUUUAUUUAUUUAUUUUUUUCAGCACAUUUCAUUUUGCCUUUGAAACAGUUUCCAUCUGUUUCUCAGAAGGCUUCCCAUCUGUUCUGAGCCACUGAAGGCACCUCUUCUAUGGAGUUAAAGAUGAUAAUUUUUGGAGAAUUUGGGAAGUGAUAACAUUCCAUUCCUGCAGGUUAGUCUGUGAUGCUUGGGGAGGAGUCUGUGCCUUCAGAGAUGGGGGAUGCCAAUAUCCCCUGUCUUUAGGGUGCAGCCCAGCAUUCCCUGGGAGGAAUUCUAAGUUGUGAGGGAUCUGCCCAUUCACUGGGGAUUGAGAGUAUAAGAAUUGCCUGACCAAUCAGAGAUAUCCUGUGAUUCCAGGAUUUCAAAGUCCUUUAUCUCCUCUGAGGAGUCACCUUCUGGAUGAUGCUUCUUCCUUUGGCUCACUCCUUCAUUGUGUUGAUGCCUCACACCAUGCCUUUCCUCCCCACAGCAUCAGUAACUUGAAGAACAGGACUCCCCCAGCAGGUCUACAGUAGGAUCUGCAUCACGAACUAUGAAGGGCAAUACAUCCUGUCCUUUCUAUUCCCCUGGAAGCAAAGCCCUAAGUAGGAUAGGAUGUUGUGGAUUGCUAUAGCGUUCCCAUUCUCUGAGCAGCUUCAUACCUCCAUUAUUUUAUAUUUGCAAAUGCAUUUUGUAGAGGAUUACACUGGCCAGAAUUUCUAUACCUGGUAAAAAAUUAUUUUAGUGACUGUCUAUUUAGGCAAGGAAAAGCAAACUUGCCAUGCAUCAUCCCCUCAGAUGGCUGACCUUUCAUCACUGAAGUUGAUCAUGCCUUAGCUAAUUGAAUAUAAUCUUUGUAAAAUAAUUUUCUACUGAGCUAUUUUCUAGUCAGCUAAAGGCUUGUUUAUUAUUAACUUCUGACUUUCUUUCAAAAUGGAGCUGUCAGGCCAUACAUAGCAAACUCCCAAGGAUAACACUCACUUAUUAUUUAUCAUUUAAUUUUGCCAUGAAAUUUUCUUUGCAAUCCUACUUCUGUUGCAUCAGGGAAGCCCGAGAGACUUGUUCCCCUUGCCUCUGUGUGCCUGUUAUUGUCUGGUCAUUUUUCAAGUCCUGGGUAUGGUUACAUUUCAUUCCAUACUGGUUUUAUACCAACCGUCAGGGUUUCUUUGUUCCAUUAUCACAAAAUAACCAAAUGAAGAUAUUUUCACUCAUUCAUUCACUAUUCUCAUAUUAAAUUUCUGUAAUAAUUGAACUUCAGGCGCAAAAUCUUAUACUGAAGCACAGGUAAUUACUGAGAACUCAUAGCCCAGAAAAUUCUAAGAGGUGGUCAUUUCCUCAGUCCCUCCCUGUCCAAGUUUAUAGAACCAAACAAUGAAAUGAAAAGCAUUUGUUUUCACCCUCACCCUGUUCUCUAGAGCACAAAAAAUAUUAACAAACAAUUGAAAGAAAGUGCUGCAUUUGUAGGGGAGAGAUUGGAAUUCUCUAUACAGAAUGGCCAAGUUCUUCAGUUUUUUCAAUUUGUUUAGUUUUGCUAUUUUGUUGAGAGAUAGGGCUUUUAGGAAGGAAGUGUUUUUUUCCAGUGUUUUAUGGUGAAAAUGUUUCAGCAAACAGAAAACUUAAAAAGAAGUGUAAACACACACCCACCCCACAUCAAUUUUAAAAUUAUAAACUGCCAGUGUUUAAACAAAGAUGAUGCUAGCAUUCUGUUCCUUUUGACAAGUGUCUAAUUAGAGAAUGUUCCCUACACAGACAAUAUCAGCACUCCUAUGUCAGAGAGCCCCUUAUUUUCAACAGACCUGUUUCAUUCUAUGUGGGUUACCGAGGAAGUGGUCUUCAUAAAAAGGUUUUUUGGUAUCCAUUCAAAACUCAUGGUGUAUUUCCCUCUUCUCUCAGGCUGUGAUUUCUGCUACUUUCCUCUCUAACUGGUAUGUCAAUGUGAGGGCAGUUGUGAAGCUGCUGUGGAAGGACUCUAUUCUAAUCUCUUGCUUUAUGACUCAUCCUCAGGACUAUGAAUUUAAAACUCAAUCCUCAUAUAACAUGAAGCUUUAUAAUAGAAGUAGGAAACAACUUGAAAUUAGACCAUUCAUAGUUACUUUUUCUUAAUGAAUUAAUUCAUGCACUUUAAAAAAUAUUUUUGUCUGUUAUUUAGGAAAGAAAAACUCAGACUUUUAAGAAAGUAUAUAUCGUCCCAUUAUGUGUAUAGAAGAGUUAAAUCUGAAAUCUGUCUUAUAUUAAUCAGUGGUAUUAGAUAUUAUCAUAAAAUAUAUAACCUAUAGAAAAUACCUGAGUUUAAGUUUUUGAAGAGCCCUACCCAGUCCUUCUUGGAGAGAAUUAGGUGAACCCUAAACCCUAAAGUCUGUUUUUAUAUUAAUUUUUUAAGACCACUUCUCUGUGAAAGGUUACCUUUUAACCCCAGAGUCUGUGGUUCUAAGGUAUAGAAUUGAGUGACUCUAGUAUUUACAUAAAAGACUAUUGUUUUAGGGGAGGGGAAGGAGGGAUGAGUUAAACGAUUCUGUGCUACUUGAGAACUGCCUUUUUAAAUUGAUAGCAAGAAGUGAAAACAGAAUAAAAUUAAGGGGUGGAGGUGGAGGUUUGGGGGAGAGGAGAGCAAAGCUGGAAUUUUGCUCAGAAAUCACUGCUCCCUCUGUAGUGUUGCAUUGUCCUUGCUUGAACCAGGAAGGCCACACAAAGCCCCUCCUGUUUGAAUUCCUUGUCUCUAAGCUAAGAAAACACAAUUUAUUGCUUAAAGCCUGUGGAUAAUUGGGCUCAUUUACAAAUAGUCAUUCCUCACAAUCUAAGUCCAAAGGCAAGACAUUGGCUUGGACAUUAUUUAUAGUCCAGGUCACAAUUGAUCUGAUUUCCAUUGUAUGUACCUUGAUUUCUUUUAGGCACCAGACAUGUGGUCCAGAAUUAAUGUCAUGGCUUUUUUUCAUUCUAAGCCCUAGAAAUAUAGAGAUACAUGCUUCUCUAUUAAAUUCCAUGGUUUUCUAUUAUUUUAAGCAGGUAGUUUUGGCUUAUCUGGGAGUAAAAUAAUACAUAUGAAAUGACUUUCAGAGGACAAAGUGUAUUUUCUAAAAUUCUGAUAAAUGGUCAUGAACCAUUCUAAAGUUUUAGUUUGAAAUAUUACAGCAUAUAAUAUUCCUGAAGGGCCCUUAAUUUGCAAUUUAAGUGGCUUUCUUCCUGAACUGUCUUCAUCACUCAGGGUUGAAAAGCCUAGUUUGUAAAGUUCUUUGCUAUUGAUUGUUACCGCUGCUUCUUAGGUUCAGGCCAAGAAUAAUCUGGAAAACAUUAUCUUAAUUCCUUCUGUCAUGUCCUAAACAGUACAUUUUACUAAGAAAUUCCAUAUUAAAAACUCUAUUCAUGUCUAAUUCUGAGAUUAUUAUCCCAUAAGUGAAUUAGCUUUCAUUUAAUUAAGCUCAAUUAUUUCCAUUUAGCCAUGUUAAAGAGCAAGUAAAGUCUGGAGAAAGCAAUCCUAUAACCCAUGACUCUGGUAUACCCAUUUUCCCUUAAUGAUAAUAGGAAGUGAGCCAGGCAAGGUGGUGUGCGCCUAUGGUCCCAGCCACUUGGGAGACUGAAGUGGAAGGAUCGCUUGAGCCCAGGAUUUCUAGGCUAGCCUAUGCAACGUAGUGAAAAACUGUCUCUAAGAAUAAAUAACUGAUUAAAUGAAUAAAUAAAUAAUGGGAAGUGUUUUGAAAAUCCCAGAAGAAAGCUGCUUUGUAAUCCAAGUGAUGGGCUAUAAGAAAACUAGACUUUGGGUAAGGAUAAUUGGAAUAGAAGGAGGUGCUUGAAGAUUUCCUAAACUAUUUUAUGCCAGUUAGCUUAUAUUUCUGAAGGGCCUUCUUUGGUGCCAUGCAUUCAGAUCAAUCAGUUGUCUGAAAGAUGAUCAUGUUUUCUUGGUAAAUAUUUAAGCAGUUGGCAACUAUGAAGACAUUCUUUACUUACUGUUCUAUAUUAUGCACUGAUGCUGACAUUACAAAAAGGGGUCUAGAAGGGAAACUGUGUCACUGUUUUGUCUUUGUCUUUAAAAUACAAACAUAUUCCAGCUAAUCAUUUAUUAUAGUCAUCUUGUUUUACAUGUUUCCCUAUCAUGAGAAAUACGGUUGAUGUCUCAUCUCCUAGGAUUUCUAAGUUAAAGAGCUCUGUACCAAAUUGUUACUUAAUUUUAUGUCCUGCUGAGUGGUUUUCUUUUAAAAUACCAUAUUUUAAAAUCACCUUGUGGCACUGAACGUGUUGCUGUGGUACACUGAUGAUCCUGAGCUAUGGUUCUUUAAAUAGCUCAGUUCUUGUGUUUUUAUAUUAUGUAACAGUUUUGUGAUGCUUUUGUGCAUUCUUUGUCUUCUCUUCCAAGUUUUGAAAUCUGUCAUAAAUAAACUUUUUCACUAUGCACCUGGAA